AAAAAAGCAGGCAGCAACGGUAAAGAAAACCCGUUUUUCCUUCAGGUCAGGCAGCUGAUGACCAAUGGCGAAUUUUGUGUCUAUCGAAGUCCGCCUUCCGUGGCUUCAUCACAGCUAGAGUGGUACUCAAUUGCGUACCCGAUGCGUUUCUCACCUGAAACAAUUAUACCUCUGACAUGCCGGCAUCAUAUAAAAGAAGUCAGAGACUGCCUGACCUGAUCCCUAUGAUUCCAUUCAAAAUUCCACUCGCCCUUUUCUUGGCGUAUGCAGUAGCUGUGCCCAUUCAGGAGCAAGGGGCUCUCAGCAAACGCUUGGUGGUCGGCUUCCCUGGUGGUGGCGUAAGAGUUGGUCCCAAUGGCGUCAAUGUUGUCGCCGCAAAUGGUUUGGUCAAUGUCAAUGGUCCAGCCCUGCGUACUACACGCCCAGUAGCACCUCAGCGUACAGCCAAUACCAAUGUCGGCCUUGGACCUGGAAGUCCUCUGUUUGGAUCAAGUUCACUUGGCGGUCUUGGAGGUGGCAAUACAAUGCUCGGUUCGACUUUACUAGGCGGCCUUUUGAGGCCUCCUCCUGCGAAGUAAUUGCUUGUCGCUUGGGAUGUUCGUGAUGCGAGCACGCACUUGUCGAGCAGUGCGCUUCAGCCUAUUUGCAGCCAAAAUGUACGUGAAAUUAGACAUUGUCUUGUGCCAUCGAGCCCAUCGUCUUGUCUUGACAACAGCGUCGUUUUUUGUUAUGCCCAUCGAGUCAAUGAGCAGAAACUGUCAUUCUUACGCUUCGAUUCUGAGCGGCCCAAAUCGAUGUCACUCCUAGUCGCCAUUGCA